CAAACCGAGCGAGAGCCGAAAUGCAGGAUUAACACUGCGCGCAUAAGAACAGGCGCACAUCUUUCUGCAUAAGGUUAUUGUUUCUUAACGUAUGCAUUUUAUGAUUACAGAAAAACGUGCUAUUUUGGUGCCUGUUGUCGAACUUUUGGGUGGUUCAUUUCUGUAACUGACUUACUGUUGCUACGGCAAACUGCAGAGCUGCUUUAGUGUAAUAAACAAUAUUGGCAAACGAACAUCUUCCCAAGGGUCGUGACGAUUGUGCGCAUGCGUGAGAUUGGUGCCAUGAAGGUAAAGGUGAUUUCCAUCCUGGAGGACAACUACAUGUAUCUGGUCAUAGAGGAGGAGAGUAAACUGGCUCUGGCAGUGGAUCCAGCUGUCCCCCACAGGCUGCUAGAAAUUGUGAAGAGGGAGGGCUUGUCUCUGACAGCUAUUCUCACUACACAUCAUCACUGGGACCAUGCCAGAGGAAAUGAAGCUCUUGUCAAAGAGAUUCCAGAUCUGAAGGUAUAUGGAGGGGACGACCGCAUUGAUGGUCUCACGGAUAAAGUGUCCAAUGCUCAGGAACUCAAGUUCAACUCUAUCAAUGUCAGGUGCCUAUUCACUCCCUGCCAUACCUCUGGUCACAUGUGCUACUUUGUCUGGGAGGAUGAGUGCACUGAUGCCCCAGCAGUGUUUACAGGAGAUACACUAUUUAUUGGUGGAUGUGGACGUUUCUGUGAGGGUACAGCUGAGCAAAUGUAUCAUAACCUCACACAAGUACUGGGCUCUCUUCCACAGAACACGAAAGUCUUUUGUGGACAUGAAUACACCAUAAAGAAUUUAAAGUUUGCCAUGCUAGUGGAGCCCGAAAAUGAGAAAGUCAAAGAAAUGUUGAGCUGGGCCAGAGCAAGAGAUGAUGACGACAAACCCACUGUGCCAUCUACUCUAAUGGAUGAAUUUGAUUACAACCCUUUUCUCCGUCUUUCAGAGGAGGGAGUGCAAAAAUUCACCAAAAAGACAGAUCCCAUAGAGGUUUUGAGGGUUCUGCGCAAGGAGAAAGACAAUUUUAAAAAGCCAAAAGAAAGGUUGCCUCCUCAUGCAAUGUUGGCUUUGGAGUGGGGACUUCUCAGGCCUUGACAAAUAGUUUAAUGACUCUUAAUAGCAUAUAGCAUAAUAUCGGAUUUAGCAAGACACAAGCCUGUGAACAUGUGCUGUGCUGUUGUUUUUCUAACCCCUCAAAGGGUUGUGUGCAACUACUGUUAACUCGUAAGUCACAUUUAUAAGAUCCUAAUCAAUAUUUAUUUAUAGAUCAGUUCCCCAGGUCUCUGUAAAAUUAUCAAGAUGAUCCUUAUAAGAUUUCUACACAUUUUGAUUUGUUAUUUAGUGUAAACCAUGUUUUUAGUACAUACUCAUUUCACCAAACUUAUUUGUUGUCUAUUGUAGUUGGUAGUUCUUUUAUGUACUGAACUGUUAAUAAAGUUCCGUAUUACCUUGCACUUC